AACGUCAUACUACACCGCAUCUCUGCUAAUUCUUCUUCGCUCUCAUUCAUUCUCAUCUCCGUUGCCAUGGUUGUUCCGUCUUUUCCCAUUCACAGUCUUCCAACGAGACCUUUGGAAACAGUUCUUCAAUCCUUCACGUAUUUUGAUAUGAUAAAAUACUCGUUUAUCUCCAAAGUUACUAAGAAAGUUGUCAGAUCGUUCAACUUACCGCUUACUCUUCUAGCAAUUAAUGUUAUCAAUCGCGUGCAUUUACGAUUUAACGUAGAAAACGUUAUUUUCACUGUUGAUAUACUCCAUACUGAUCCUAACGGUACACUACAUAUUGAAAUCACAUAUGAGAAUGUCAAAAGAACAAUUCGGAAUUUGGAAGGAUAUUCAGUAAGGAGUGUUAUUGAACAUUUCAUGGCAAUUUUCGAUAGAGUACAAGUUGAUACGCUAAUGAUCUGCCCUGAUGCAAAUUUAUUGGACGGCCAGUUUUUAAAAAAUAAUCUGAAUGGAUUUUCAUACAACUCAGUACUGAUUAUCUGCGAAAGAACAGGCUACAAAGUUUCGUCCGGACAAGUCAAAGCUCUUGAGCCUUUUUUGAAAAGUGAAAGAUUGUAUUUGGUUGAAGCUCCUUUCGACAGACCAAACUCCUAUCGUUUACUGAUUCAAAAUUGGGGUCAAUUAUUCUCUGGCAGCUACAAUGGAUUAAACGAUUUAUUGCUUAGCAAUAGUUCAUACAUUGAAAUUCAAGAAGCCACACUUUCAGAUAAUGACCUGAACAUUUUUCUGAAAAACUGGAGAAACGGAUCUAAUCCUAGACUUGAGCAUGCACAAAUUGAUUUUCGACAUCUUCGAGAAUUUGAUUUCGAUAUAAUUUUGGAUGGAAUUGAAUAUCAACCUCAUCCAGAUGAUGAAUGGACUCAUCAAAGACAAAUCGCCGUUCAAAAAAAUAAUGGAACAAAAGCAAUGAUCAAAUAUAAAGAAGGCAUAUAUGCAAACUUUGAAGUAAUUCUUCUAUGAUUUUCGUUCUUUUUUUUUAAUUUAAUGAAGUUAAUGUUAAAACUCUAUUUAAAAACUUUCUAUCCGAAAAUAAAUAAUUCGACAGUCAA